AUGAAGCAAGGUUAUGUUCAGAGUUUGAUUAGACGUGUUGUAAACAAUGUCAACAUUGUGAUCAACAAUCUCAUAUUAAAAUAUGUGGAGGAUGAUAUCGUUCUCUCGGUCAAUAUUACUUCUGCAGAAUGCUAUACAGUGGAUGAGUUUUGGGAUCGAGCAUUUAUGGACAUCUCUGCCACUGAUCUGGUACUGAGAAAGAUGAUCAACUUUUCUGACUGCACAGUGUGUCUUGACAAGAGAAAUGCUAGUGGUAAAAUUGAAUUUUACCAGGAACCACUGCUGUACAAAUGUUCCUUCAGGACUCGUCUGCAUUUUACUUAUGAUAACCUCAACUCCAAAAUGCCAUCUAUUAUUAAAAUUCACACAUUAGUUGAAAGUUUGAAACUUUCAAUCUCUGAUCAGCAGCUUCCUAUGUUUAUACGUAUAAUGCAACUUGGGAUUGCUCUUUAUUAUGGAGAAAUAGGCAACUUCAAAGAUGGAGAAAGUGAAGAUUUGAUUUCCCACACUAAAGAUAUAUUGGGAAAUAUCACAGGUGCAGAAGAUGAAACAAGCUCAGUAAUGCAAUAUCCUACACAGUAUAUUAAUCAAGAUCCUUAUUUGCAUCAAGACGAUGACCAGCAACAAGGAUGGGUUUCUUGGGCUUGGUCUUUUGUUCCUGCUAUUGUGAGUUAUGAUGAUGAAGAGAAUGAUUCUAGUGGAAUUGAUGAUGGAACGAUGCUACAUCAGAAGAAAUCUCAGUCUCUCAAGGAUCCUAUUAUUUCAAUUGGGUUUUACUGUACAAAAGCAACAGUGACUUUUAAGCUCACUGAAAUGCAAGCUGAAAGUAGUUAUUACAGCCCUCAGAAAGUAAAAUCCAAAGAAGUUAUAUGCUGGGAACAAGAAGGAACCACAGUUGAGGUCCUUAUGAAAGGUGAACUUUUCUUUGAUUGCCAGAUAGGUUUUGUUGGUUGCCAAGCUAUGUGCCUUAAAGGAAUUAUGGGAAUUAAAGACUUUGAAGAAAACAUGAAUAGGAGUGAUGAAGAGGCCUCCUUCUUUAAUUGCGGAGAAAAUUUGAGUGCAAAAGGGAUGACAUACCUUACCAAUUCACUAUUUGACUACAGAAGUCCAGAAAAUAAUAGUAUUCGUGCAGAAUUUAUAUUGGAUGCAGCUCAUCAUAAGGAGACAUACACAGAGAUAGCUGGAAUGCAGAGGUUUGGGGCUUUCUACAUGGAUUAUUUGUACACAAUGGAAAGCACCAGUGGCAAAGUUUCAGGGAAUCAGCAAGACCUGUCUUCAGUAAAGAGUGAAGAUCUGGGAAAUGUUCAGGAGAUGUCUACAAAAAGCCUCAUUGUGGGCCCACUCAACCUUCGAUUGGAUAGCAGUGCGGUACACCGGAUAAUGAAAAUGAUAGUUUGUGCUCUGGAGCAUGAAUAUGAGCCAUACAGCAGAACUAAGUCAGAUAUUAUGGAUGGAAAUAGAGCUGUGCCAAGCUCAGAAGAAGUAGCAUUAUUGGAAGAAUACAUUCCCACUCGACUUACAACGUUCACUGUUCUUAAGUGUACAAUUAUAAUCCCUGUAGCAGAAUUCAAUUUACUAGACCACCUGAUGCCCAUAAUCAUGGGUGAGAAGAACCCAAGUGGACUGUUAAAUGCUGCAACCUUCCAGCCCCUGCGACCUUUACCUUCCAUCCGAAUUUUGGUGGAUAAGGUUAACCUGGAGCACUCGGUACCGAUGUAUGCUGAGCAACUGGUGCACAUGGUCAGCAGCCUCGGCCAGCCGUCUGACAACCUGCUUCAUUACUGUUACUCGCACUGCUAUCUGAAGAUAUUUGGUUUUCAAGCAGCACUUACUUCUUUGGACAGUAAAGGAUUGUACUGCUUCCCCAUUCCAGUUAUUCCCUCAUUUAGUACUGCUGUUUAUGGCAAGCUGAUCAAGUUUCCGAAAUAUUG